AUGAGGAGUGACUCCAUACCAAUCACAAUAUGUCAAGAAAGAAAAAAAGACCCACUAGAAAUGUUUCAAUCUGGGCAGCUGGUAAAAAUCUGUGCCCCAAUGGUUCGGUAUUCAAAGUUGGCUUUUAGAACACUAGUAAGAAAAUACUCUUGUGAUGUGUGUUAUACACCAAUGAUAGUUGCUGCUGAUUUUGUCAGAUCUGUAAAAGCCAGAGACAGUGAAUUUACCACAAACCAAGGUGACUGUCCAUUGAUUGUUCAGUUUGCUGCUAAUGAUGCAAGACUUUUAUCCGAUGCUGCUCAAAUAGUCUGCCCCUAUGCAAAUGGAAUAGAUAUUAACUGUGGUUGCCCUCAGAGGUGGGCAAUGGCAGAAGGCUAUGGAGCUUGCUUAAUAAACAAGCCAGAACUGGUUCAAGAUAUGGUGAAACAAGUAAGAAAUCAAGUGGAAAAUCCUAGAUUUUCAGUUUCAAUUAAGAUAAGGAUUCAUGAUGACCUUACAAGAACCAUAGAUCUUUGCCAGAAGGCUGAAGCAACAGGAGUGUCCUGGAUUACAGUUCAUGGAAGAACCAUUGAAGAAAGACACCAACCAGUCCACUAUGAUGCCAUUAAAAUAAUAAAGGAAAGUGUGUCCAUACCUGUAGUUGCUAAUGGAGAUAUAAGAAACUUGAGGGAAGCAGAAAAUGUGUGGCAGAUGUCUGGGACAGAUGGUGUGAAGAGAAACGCCAUGACAGUCCAGUGGGUAGCGGUUGCCAGCUUUCUCUAUGCUGAAAUAGGACUCAUUUUAAUCUUCUGUCUGCCCUUUAUUCCUCCUCAGAGAUGGCGGAAGAUUUUUUCAUUUAGUGUCUGGGCUAAAAUUGCAAGUUUUUGGAACAAAGCUUUCCUGACCAUUAUAAUCCUACUAAUCGUUCUAUUUUUAGAUGCUGUGAGAGAAGUAAGGAAGUACUCAUCCACUCAAGUCACUGAAAAGAAUUCAGCCAGCAGGCCUGGUGCCUAUGAGCACACACAGAUGAAGCUCUUUAGGUCCCAACGAAAUCUUUAUAUUUCAGGAUUCUCACUAUUUUUUUGGCUAGUGUUGAGACGUCUGGUUACGCUUAUUACUCAGCUGGCAAAGGAAAUAUCAAACAAAGGAGUGCUUAAAACUCAAGCAGAAAAUACCAAUAAGGCUGCCAAGAAAUUCAUGGAAGAGAAUGAAAAACUUAAAUGGGUACUAAAAAACCAUAGCAAGGAUGAAGAAAACAUUUUGGAAACAGAAAAUAAAAAACUGGUAGAAGACCAGGAAAAACUGAAAACUGAAUUGAAGAAGGCUUCAGAUGCCCUUUUAAAGGCACAAAAUGAUGUGAUAACUAUGAAGAUGCAGUCAGAGAGACUUUCAAAGGAAUACGAUCGACUCCUGAAAGAACACUCAGAACUUCAGAACCAUUUAGAAAAAGUCAAUAAGAAAGGCCUGUGAAUUAACUUUAUAAAAGAAGAUUGUGGUACACCUUGUCAACAAAAUAAAUGUGUUAUCAUGGUAGCCACUAAAACUUUCAAAAUUCAGCCAAAAAAAGCUCUGCUAGCAGCCACAUGCGCACAUAGGCUAUAUAGUACUGAUGUUAUCAAAAUAUUUGAUGAUGCUUCAGAUAUAAAGUAUGUGUUUCAGCUCUAUUGAAAAAUAUAAGCAUGUUGAAUUCCAUAUUUGCAUAUUGCUAAUAGCAUUGGUAUCUGGUGGCUCUUUACCCAUAAAAGGAAAAUUUCAUUAGCCAUUUGCUUCCCAAAAUAGAUCUGAAGUUGCAUGAAACCAUUAUUAGCCUUGAAAGCUUUGAUGUGUUUUCAGUAAUAAUCAGUGGUGGUGGUAGAAAUGAUGUUUGAAAAUAGUACUCAGUCAGAAAAUUUGUUCACAGGGAAAUAAUGAUAAAUAACCACAAUGGCCACUGUGUUAAUAGAGGGGAGUCAGAGAGAACAAUGAAAGCAAUGGCUGUAGGGUUUCUUAAGCCUGGUGAGUCCAUGAUUUACUCUACACGUGACAGCACUAUUGUUAGCUGUGUUUUUGUUACUAUGCUUCUGUACCUAUUAAACUAUUUUUGAUAUUUGUUUAGUCAUAUAUAUUCAAUAUCCUAUCUUUGUAAGUUCAUCUAGUAAUAGAAUUUAUGUACAUUUGUGUAACUGUCAUAACAUUGAACUGGAACUAUGUUGCACUGUGGAAAUCUCCACUUACAAAAGCUCAUUUAUGACAUCUAAAAAGUGUUUCUUAUGCUUGUGAAAGUUACUGAUUAUACAGAUAUUACCUCAGUAUACAUGCACUGGUAUCAAAGAUGUCUUGACGAUGUUACUGUAUUUUCAAAGUUAAAUGCUGGUUUUCAUGCAAAUAUUGAUGUAGAAAUAGUAAUUAUAGCAAUAUGAUUUAGAUUAUUUCAAUGUUUAACUGUGGAAAGGCAUUUGUCUUAAAAUGACUUAAAUAUAAAAGAAAAUAUAAAGCAAUAAUUGGAAUUUUUACUUCACAA